CGCUCACAGGCAGCUACUUUGAAAAGCCGCUGCUGCGGAGGCAUGUAGCUGGUUUGCACAUGCGCAGUAUGCAGGUUAUUGCAGCCUCUUCAAUAACGGGGAAAUAACAAGACCACAAAAACGGUUAAGGAUGACUACUUCUUGGAGCGAUCGACUUCAGAACUAUUCAGAGCUUCCUGCCAACAUGGAUGGCUUGUCUAUGAAGAAGUACAGGCGAGAGGCCUAUCACAGAGUUUUUGUUAACAGAAGUUUGGCAAUGGAGAAGAUUAAAUGCUUUGGCUUUGACAUGGAUUACACUCUAGCAGUGUAUAAGUCUCCAGAGUAUGAAUCUCUAGGAUUUGACCUGACAGUGGAGAGAUUGGUUUCCAUUGGUUAUCCACAAGAACUUCUAAAUUUUGUCUAUGACCCUACCUUUCCAACCAGAGGCCUGGUAUUUGAUACAAUGUAUGGUAAUCUGUUGAAAGUAGAUGCCUAUGGCAACAUUUUGGUAUGUGCCCAUGGGUUUAACUUCAUGCGUGGGCCAGAGAUUAGAGAGCUAUAUCCAAAUAAGUUCAUCCAGCGUGGUGAUACAGAGCGAUUCUACAUCCUUAACACACUGUUUAACCUCCCUGAGACCUACCUUUUUGCCUGCUUGGUUGAUUUCUUCACCAGCUGCUCCAGAUACACUAGCUGCGAGACUGGUUUUAAGGACGGUGAUCUCUUCAUGUCCUUCAAGAGCAUGUUCCAGGAUGUCAGAGAUGCAGUUGAUUGGGUCCAUUUCAAGGGUUCACUGAAAGAGAAGACUGUUGAAAACUUGGAGAAAUAUGUAGUGAAAGAUGCCAAGUUGCCUUUGCUUCUUAGUCGCAUGGAGGAAGUUGCCAAAGUUUUCCUGGCCACUAACAGUGACUACAAGUACACUGAUAAAAUUAUGACAUACCUGUUUGACUUCCCUCAUGGUCCAAAAGUUGGCACACCUCAUCGGCCUUGGCAAUCCUACUUUGACCUCAUUCUGGUCGAUGCCAGGAAGCCUCUGUUUUUUGGAGAGGGCACAGUCCUGAGACAAGUAGAUACAACCACUGGGAGACUAAAGAUUGGAACUUACACAGGGCCACUGCAGCAUGGCAUUGUGUACUCUGGUGGAUCCUCAGACAUUGUGUGUGAUUUACUGGGGGCUAAAGGGAAAGACAUCUUGUACAUUGGUGACCACAUUUUUGGUGACAUACUCAAGUCUAAGAAGCGUCAGGGUUGGAGAACGUUCCUUGUGAUUCCUGAGUUGGCUCAAGAACUGCAUGUCUGGACUGACAAGAGUUCUCUUUUUGAGGAACUGCAGAGUCUGGAUAUUUUCCUGGCCGAGCUCUAUAAGCAUUUGGAUAGCAGCAGUAAUGAGAGACCAGACAUUAGUUCACUUCAGAGGCGGAUUAAGAAAGUAACCCAUGACAUGGACAUGUGCUAUGGGAUGAUGGGUAGUCUGUUCCGCAGUGGCUCUCGGCAGACCCUGUUCGCAUCUCAGGUGAUGCGCUAUGCUGAUCUGUAUGCUGCCUCCUUCAUCAACCUACUCUACUACCCCUUCAGCUACCUGUUCAGAGCUGCACAUGUGCUGAUGCCACAUGAGUCCACUGUAGAGCACACUCACGUGGGUAUCAAUGACACCGAAUCUCCCAUGGCAACACGCAACCGUCACUCUGUGGACUACAAAGACCACGAGUGUAAGAAGCACCAGCUGACCCGCUCCAUCAGCGAGAUUCAGCCUCCUCACCUGUUCCCGCAAACACCACAGGAGAUCACACACUGCCACGAUGAGGACGAUGAUGAGGAAGAGGAGGAAGAAUAAGAUUGUAAAGGUUGUAAAUGUAACUAAAGGGAAGUGUGCAUACAACGGUUCGAUUAUAAUUAUACUUCAGUAGUUUUCUAUCAGAGCACAAAGACUCCCAUACUAUGCAUCUGUUUUUCUCUUGAAUGCAACACAAAGGGAUUGAAUUACUCGACAACUGCAGAAAGAAGGCAACUGCAUCAAUAUGAAUCUCUCUGCCACCAUAACUGAGGAUAUCUGAGAGAGCUUUAUUGCCUCAGCUGCUGUAAUGUAGUAUGUAAACUAGUGAGAGAAUAAGAUUCUGAGCCACUGUGAAUGCUUCUUGUGUAUCCUGGUCCAGCCAUACACAGUACUCAAAUGACUAGUCUGCUAUUUUCAUUACAGAUUUACAAUUGAUCAUUUUUGUGCAAAAUUGAUUGAUGUUCUUUCAUUAUAUUUUGAACUGGAACUGAUGCUUGAAUACUGUUGUACUCAAUUAUAGGACUGAUUUAUUGUUCUUAUUUUUAUUUGUUUAUCUGCCUGUUAGUAAUGGGUCAAAAAAUAGAAUAUAGAUAGCAAUCAUGUGCUUCAGGGAAGCAUUUCUUCUUGAUUAAUUCAUAAACACGGUUUCUCGACCCAUGUCCUGCUUUGACCUGAGCUGCCUUUUUGAAUACAUGUAGACAUUAAUUGAGCCAUGUAAUAAAAUCAGCUGAAUUAUGACAUAGCCAGGUGUUAAAUUAGCUAGUAUAGAUUUAUUCAGAUUUGUUUAUUUUGAAUGCAAAAAAACGGCAUUGUGGGUUAUUGCCUUGCUAUUAAACGGUUGCUUUUAACAUGCUGUAAAAAUGUACUGUAUAUGUUUUCAACAUCCAAACGCCUGCUCUUUAGACACUUUUGGGUGAGGCUAAAAGUUCCAGUAUUGAUUUCAGUCUUGAUUUGGAUGGUUUGCAUGAGCAGAUGAAGGCAUGGCAGUAAACUGUAAUUAUGUUCUGCUUUCUUUAAAUGCCUGUGUUCAGGACAACCAACACAUUUGCUUGCAAAUUGUUUUGUUUGUCAUGCAUAUAUUUGAUUUUUGAUUAACUUAAUUUUGCUUAGCUUCAACGUAUUUUUUGGUUAAAAGUUAACUUUUGGUUCCAUUUUUUUUUCUUUUCUUUUAAAAAAGAAAAGUAACUGAAGUUAAUUGCUUGAUCCUAGUUCCCCUUCUACUGGUUUAUUUUCAAUGUAAUGUGAAGGUUAACGAUGAUGUAAUAGAGCACACUGUUUAUUAGGAUGUUACUUAUUGUGCAGCACUUUGACAGAAACUUAGUUUUAAACUGUUUACUGUGCAAGCACUAAAACUGCCUUCAUUAGUGUCCCUACAGACACAACCACUGGAGCAUGACCUCAUUUUUCACAUGCACAUUUGCCUCUUUUUCCAGACAGCAGUAUCACCUCGACAGUGCCAUGGAAACAGCUAUAUAUUAUGGGGAAGGGGCAGCAUGUCUAACAGCAUAUAAUGAGUGACGCAUAUGUAAAACAUUAAGCCUGUUGUUGCAUGUAGCCACUUCCACAGUCAAACAGAGCCUUAUCCAGAUGCAAUCACAACUAGCCUGCAUAAAUACUAUCUGGACUUUUGGCUUUCUCAAUGGCUUUGUCCUGAACUACUUACCACAAAUUGGAGGAAGAAAAAGUUAGUGACUUGUCACAGCUCCAAGUGUAUGUAAAGUGUUAACAGCAAAGUGGUGAUGUUUAAAAAGCAGCACAGAGAUUAAAUAAUGGUUAAGCUGAUACCUGUUGUCAUGCCUUAGACAAAAAAAAAAAAAAAAAACAUGUUUGAAACAUUGUUUACAGUUAUAUUUUGCUGUAUUCUUUUUUUUUCAUAAUGAAAAAGAAAAGCAGGAUAACAUCUAGUCUGCAAUUUUACUGAUGAAAUAAAGUUGGUGUUUUUGUGAUCCA